CAUUAGGAAAUGGGAAUCGAAAACCUUAUCGCCAGGGAGUUAGUGCUCAUUUCGAUCUCGUCUCGAAGCCGAUAUAUUUUACAGUACCCGAGAUAAGCCAAAAAAAAUGGACCCCAAGAAAACGUUAACCUGGUUUUUCAGCCUGCCAGCGGUGCGAUACGCGCAGAUCUUUAUCGUGAUGGCGGUCGAUCUGCUGACCCUGUCCAAUCUGUAUCCGAAGCACUCGAGCUAUAUUGCGCGUCCAUUCUUACUGUGGGAGGAUAACCAGUAGGAGGACGAACGUAGCCUGGACUCACCUCAGCAAUUCUAACUAAUAUAAAUUUUUUACCGUG